AGCCUGAGUCAGGCAGCUGUGGCUAUUAAAGCGCUGGGUUGGGCUGGGCUGCAGGCACAGCAAGGAUGAGGCUUCCUGGCUGGUUCUGGCUGAGCUCCGCGGUCCUCGCUGCCUGCCGAGCGGCGGUGGCGCACAACCUGACUGGGCAGCUGGAGGAUGCGAGCGCCCCGGCCGCCUGCCCGGCGAAGCUGGAGGGCAGCGGGAAGUGCGAGGGGAGCCAGUGCCCCGUCCAGCUCACUUUGCCCACGCUGACCCUCCAGCUCCCGUGGCAGUUCGGCAGCAUAGAGGAGGUGCUCAAAGAAGUGCGGACCCUCAAGGAAGCCUUCGACAGUCUGAAGAAAUCUUGCCAGGACUGCAAGUUGCAGGCUGACGACCAUGGAGAGCCUGGUGGGAAUGGAGCAGGGCCAGCCAAGGACAACCGAGUCCAGGAACUGGAGAGUCAGGUGAACAAGCUGUCCUCGGAGCUGAAGGACGCAAAGGAGGAGAUACAGGGACUGCAGGGGCGCCUGGAGACGCUUCAUCUUGUAAAUAUGAACAACAUCGCGAACUACAUUGACGACAAAGUGGCAAAUCUAACCGUUGUGGUCAACAGUUUGGAUGGCAGAUGUUCCAAGUGCCCCAACCAAGAACAAGUCCAGUCACAGCCGGUUCAACAUCUGAUACACAAAGAUUGCUCUGACCACUAUGUGAUAGGAAAAAGAAGCAGUGGGACCUACAGAGUCACCCCUGAUCCCAGAAACAGUAGCUUUGAGGUGUACUGUGACAUGGAGACCAUGGGGGGAGGUUGGACAGUGCUGCAGGCUCGCCUUGACGGAAGCACCAACUUUACCAGAGAGUGGAAGGACUACAAAGCAGGCUUUGGAAACCUUGGACGAGAAUUUUGGCUGGGGAAUGAUAAAAUUCAUCUUCUGACCAAGAGUAAGGAAAUGAUUUUGAGAAUAGACCUCGAAGACUUUCACGGCGUCGCUCUGUACGCCUUGUAUGAUCAGUUUUACGUGGCUAAUGAGUUUCUCAAAUACCGAUUACAUGUCGGUAACUACAAUGGCACAGCGGGGGAUGCCUUACGUUUCAGUAAACAUUACAACCAUGACCUGAAGUAUUUCACCACCCCAGACAGAGACAAUGAUCGGUACCCCUCUGGGAACUGUGGACAUUAUUACAGCUCAGGUUGGUGGUUUGAUGCAUGUCUCUCUGCAAACUUAAAUGGCAAAUAUUAUCACCAGAAAUACAAAGGCAUCCAUAAUGGGAUUUUCUGGGGCACCUGGCCUGGUAUAAGGCAGGCACAGCCUGGUGGCUACAAGUCCUCCUUCAAGCAGGUCAAGAUGAUGAUUAGACCCAAGAAUUUCAAGCCAUAAGUUACUAGUGUGCAUCUUUCCACGUACUCACUAUGUAAGAGGGCAGCAAAUUCCUUCAGCUCUCUUACCAUACACCUGAGUUUAUACUC